CCAUUAUUAUUGUUUAGAUGUCCGGACAGUAGCUUGUAUAAAGCUAAGAAAGUCAACAACUUAUUCUCAGUAGAUUGAGCAAGGCGAAGUCAAGAGAUUCAAGAUCUAGCAGGAUAACCAGCGUGCGAUUUGGAUACUUUUUUCUGCCGGUGUCGACCCUUUCCAACCUGCAAAGAUGAGACUUGCCGUUAGUGUCAUUGCAUUGUUGAUGGUUGGGGUGCUGGCUGCGCCGUCUGAUGCAGGCUGGUGGGACUCCGUCAAGGAAACCCUUCAGGGAGGGUGGGACUUCGGCAAGACAGCCGUUCAGGGAGCGGGCGACAUGUGGCGAAGCUACAGUGAUAUGCGAGAGGCAAACACCAUUGGUGCCGACAAGUACUUCCACGCCAGGGGCAACUAUGACGCUUCUCAGCGAGGACCAGGAGGAAGAUGGGCUGCUGAGGUUAUUAGUGAUGCCCGAGAAGGAUGGCAGAGCAAGGUGAGCGGCCGUGGUGAUGAAGAUACCAGGGCGGACCAAGAAGCCAACGCCUGGGGACGCAACGGCGGCGACCCCAACCGUUACAGACCCAAGGGUCUCGACGAGAAAUAUUAAACUUAAUGGCCCUUAGGCCCCCACACCAAAUGUGAAAACAAUAUUUUCACAGUAGUAGUUUAAUAUUAAAUGGACCAUUGAUUAUUAGCUCACUGUGUUAGUUUAUUAAAGGAACACGUUGCCUUGGAUAAUAAUAACAAAUUCU